CAGGAACAUUCAGUCAAGCCGCGAUCGCCGAGCUCUACGGACGUCUAUAUCUCUAAGUCUUCGAGUCGUGAAUCGGAAUUAAAGUGAACUCAAGUGCCGACCGGAAAAUUCUUUCGGCCAAGAAAGGUCUGCGAGAACUAAGAUCUCAAGCGAUUGUGUUUUUGUGUAAUUGACAUUGGAUGUCUCUGAACGCCGAACGAUCGUACAAAAUGAAACUGCGCGAUGUGGAAAACGCCUUCAAAUACCGGCGCAUACCGUAUCCCAAGCGUUCCGUCGAGCUGAUCGCCCUGCUGGCUAUUUCGUGCACCUUCUUCCUGUUCAUGCACACCAACAAACUGAACAGUCGCCUCAAGGAGAUGGAGGUGAAGCUGCAGCCAUCCGAGUUUUCGGCCCUCGGUCUAACGGGCAACCACAUCAGCGGACACGAUGCGGGCGGCAAGCACGAUGACAUCAACACCCUGCACGGCACCUUCCAAUAUCUGAAGAGCACUGGCCAGAUGUCCUCUCUUAACGUGCGGGAUCUGAACAAUACCCGCAAGGCACAAAUGGAGCUGGUAUUUUUCAAUCGGGUACCCAAAGUGGGAAGUCAGACGUUCAUGGAGCUCCUCCGUCGUCUUUCCGAGCGCAAUAAUUUUCAGUUCCACCGCGAUGCAGUGCAGAAAGUGGAGACAAUCCGCUUGGCGGAGGAUCAGCAGCAGGAAAUGGCCGAGGUGAUCAGCGAGCUUCCGGAACCCUCGGUCUUCAUCAAGCAUGUGUGCUUCACCAACUUCACCAAAUUCAACCUGCCCAGGCCAAUUUACCUAAAUGUGGUGCGCGAUCCCGUGGAGCGGGUGAUCAGCUGGUUCUACUACGUGAGGGCUCCGUGGUACUUCGUGGAGCGCAAAGCUGCUUUCCCGGAUCUACCAUUGCCCCAUCCCGCUUGGCUGAAAAAGGAUUUCGAAACAUGUGUCCUCAAUGGCGAUCAGGAGUGCACCUAUACUCAAGGAGUUACCGUGGAGGGAAUCGGCGAUCAUCGCAGGCAGAGCUUAUUCUUCUGCGGCCACGACUACGAGUGCACACCCUUCAACACUGUGGGUGCCCUGGAACGAGCCAAAUUUGCCGUAGAACAGCAGUACGCGGUGGUUGGAGUGCUGGAGGAUCUGAACACCACGCUCUCAGUACUUGAAAAAUAUGUACCACGGUUCUUUGAGGGCGUUCGAGAUAUUUAUGCAACGAGCGCAGAGUACUUGACGAAGAUCAACAAGAACAACUUCAAGCCGCCGGUCAGCGAGCAUGUGAAGGACAUAGUGCGUCGGAACUUUACAAACGAGAUUGAGUUCUAUCAAUUCUGCCGCCAGAGACUCCACAAACAAUAUCUGGCUGCCCACUUACCACAAAGAAUUAUCACAGACUCAGCACAUCUGCCCGGCCUGAUUGGCAAUUGAACUGUGCUCUUUACAAAUCACGAACAAAUGUAGCAACAAAUAUGACAAACAAAAUCGUACUCGAAACCUGUAGUCAGCUAAGUUCCCUAUUAUUGUUUUCUCUUGUGUAUAUUUCAAAGCGGUUAUCAAAAAUAUGACAAAUGCAUCUUAUAUUUAUAUAGAUUAGUAAGUACCUUAUGUUAUAAAGACCUGAGUUUGAAUUGUGAUGUCUUCAAGUGAACUGUUGAAAUUUUGGUUUUAGUAUUUUAGUUUUAAGUCGAUUAUGAUAAACACUGUAUAAACUAAUAAAUGAUUAUUUUAAGAACA